AUGCCUCCCAGAAUCCUCCCUUCCGCCCCCUCAAGACGGGUAGUCUUCCUCUGCCGCCGCGCAUACUCAGCCGAGGCAGCGCCCCUCAUCCACGUCACAAACCUGCCUGCCCCCAACAGCGGCCACAUCCGCAUCCUCGAGCUCAACCGCCCCUCCGCCCGGAACGCAAUCUCCAAAGGUCUUCUGGCUCGCCUCGGCGCCGAGGUUGAGAGCAUCCGCAGCCAGUACGGACCCAAUGGCGAGGAGAACCCCCCCGUGAAGCGCUUCGGCGGCGCGGCCGGCGUCGACGAGAAGGGUCCUACCCGCGCCCUCGUCAUCGCCAGCGCGGUCGACACAUGCUUCUGCGCCGGCGCUGAUCUGAAAGAGCGCCGGAACUUUACACAAGAAGAAACGGCCGAGUUCCUCGCCAACCUGCGAGGCACCUUCUCCGCCCUCUCCGCCCUCCCCAUCCCGACCAUCAGCGCCAUAUCCUCCCUCGCCCUCGGCGGCGGCCUCGAGCUCGCCCUCUCCACCCACUUCCGCGUCCUCACCUCCAACGCCACCGUCGGCCUGCCCGAGACCCGCCUGGGCAUCCUCCCGGGAGCUGGAGGCACCUUCCGCCUGCCCGCCCUGAUCGGCCUCCCCCGCGCCCGCGACCUGAUCCUCACCGGCCGACGCGUCGCCGCCCCGGAGGCCUACUUCCUCGGAAUCGCAGACCGUCUCGUCGAGAUCGUGCCCGAGGAGGGCGAGAGCGACGGGUCCAAGAUCCUCGAGCUGGCGCGCAGGUCCGCGCUGAGCGAGGCUGUCCGGCUGGCCCAGGAAAUCUGCGAGGGAGGUCCCGUGGCCGUGAGGGCUGCCCUGGAGGCUGUGAGCUGGGCUCGGGAGGACAAGGAGAACGAAAUGUACCAGAGAGUUGUCAAGACGGAAGAUAGAGACGAGGCUUUGAAGGCUUUUCAGGAGAAGAGAAAGCCCGUGUUUAAGGGGAGGUGA